GAAAGGCAGUUGGUGGAGGAAGGGCGCAAAGGGGGUGUUUCCUGGGACAGGGGGCGGAGACCUGGAGAUUAUAGGCUCCCCCAGGACUCAAGUUCACUGAGCUUCUGCAGACACUGUAUAGCGUUCAGUCCUCCUGCUGUGACUAUCACCUGGGGGACUCACCUGCCUGCACCUUUAGCCAGCACCUACAGACAGUACCUGUGCCAGACCCCAGCAAUGGUGGACCAUGCGCCCUUCGAAACGGAUAUCAGCACCCUGACCCGCUUCGUCCUGGAGGAGGGCAGGAAGGCUGGGGGCACGGGCGAGAUGACCCAGCUGCUGAAUUCGCUCUGCACCGCGAUCAAAGCCAUCUCGUCAGCGGUGCGCCAGGCCGGCAUCGCUCAGCUCUAUGGCAUCGCUGGCUCAACCAAUGUGACUGGGGAUCAAGUGAAGAAGCUGGACAUACUUUCCAAUGACCUGGUGAUCAAUAUGCUGAAGUCGUCCUAUGCUACCUGUGUCCUUGUGUCGGAAGAAGAUACACACGCCAUCAUAAUAGAGCCCGAGAAGAGGGGCAAAUAUGUUGUCUGUUUUGAUCCCCUCGAUGGCUCAUCCAACAUCGACUGCCUCGCGUCCAUCGGAACCAUCUUUGGCAUUUACAGAAAGACAUCUGCUAAUGAGCCUUCGGAGAAAGAUGCUCUGCAGCCAGGCAGGAACCUGGUGGCAGCAGGCUAUGCACUCUAUGGCAGCGCCACCAUGUUGGUCCUGGCCAUGAAUUGUGGCGUCAACUGCUUCAUGCUGGACCCGUCCAUUGGAGAAUUCAUUUUGGUGGACAGGGAUGUGAAGAUCAAGAAGAAAGGUAACAUCUACAGCAUUAAUGAGGGCUAUGCUAAGGACUUUGACCCUGCCAUCAAUGAGUAUAUCCAGAGGAAAAAGUUCCCUCCGGAUAAUUCAGCUCCCUAUGGUGCCCGGUAUGUGGGGUCCAUGGUGGCUGAUGUUCACCGCACUCUGGUGUAUGGAGGGAUCUUCUUAUACCCUGCCAACAAGAAAAAUCCAUCUGGAAAGCUGCGGCUGCUGUACGAGUGCAAUCCCAUCGCUUACGUCAUGGAGAAGGCCGGUGGACUUGCCACGACGGGGAAUGAAGACAUAUUAGACAUCGUCCCCACUGAGAUCCACCAGAAGGCACCAGUUAUCAUGGGGUCCACCGAAGACGUGCAGGAGUUCCUGGAGAUCUACAAUAAGGACAAAGCCAAAUCAAGGCCGUCCCUGCCCCUGCCCCAGAGCAGAGCUCGAGAGUCACCGGUCCAUUCUAUCUGUGACGAACUUUUCUAGAAACAAACCCAACAGCGCGGAUAGUUUCAGGGCCGAAUGCCUUGCAAUGCCCAAGGUUGCCUCGCCUAGAUGCUAUAAUGCCACUGUAUCAGGUACUAUAUAUUUCGAAUAGGUGAAGGAGAAAUAAACAUAUUCUUCCUUCAUAAA